AUGCCGGCGAUCGUCACAGUAGGCCUCCGAAGUAGUCGCAAAGAGGACGUGAAACGCAUCUCUACAAGGUCACAGUUUUCUAACUAUGGCACCUCGUCGGCACUUGGCGCAAGUUCAGGGCCUCGUCGGGGACGAGGUUACCGGGGGUGUAACCAGGUGUUGUGUGCCUACGGGGGAGUGUCUGCGCGCCCAACAAAAUAUGAACAACAAUGACCACAUGCUCAUUUCGUUGGACGAUCUUCGUGAUACGGUGCGUGUUACUUGCAAUAACGAAUUAUGCACCUCGGGAAGGUACAUGCACCGGGAGUGUUUCGAUCAAUGGGAACAAUCCGUAUUGAACUAUCUAAAAACAUGCGGUAGAGCCCGGUCUUGGUCAGAACGUCAAAGACAUCAAAAUCUAUGGACCAAGAAGGGUUACGAUUUAGCUUAUAAAGCUUGUGGGUGUAAGUGCGGUCGUGGACAUUUGAAAAAAGACUUGGAUUGGAUGCCUCCGCCUCCCACUAGCAACAUAUUCGGGAGAAUCGAAGAAGUCGAUACCGGCAAAAAGAAAAAACGAAAGAACAAAAAUUGCCGACCGACUCUUGCCAUUUCUUCUUCAAACCACCCCAUCGGCGCCGAGCUUAGAACGAGAACCGGUAGCUUAUCGUGCUCUAGCACCGGCUCUUCCAGCCCUCCGACAUCGGGGAGCGAACCCAGCGUCUCACCCAUACAUGCCCAUUCUAAAAAGAAAACUAAGGUUGAAGUACAAGAAAGAAUUCGUAUUGGUGGUGGAGCUAAUGGUAUCUUCACACGAAGAUUGGACUUCAGUUCAUUCAAUGCUCUUCCGAAGAACAAGUUGAACUCUUAUCAAAUUAAGACCGAAGACGAAGGUAAUCAUGGCAACGACGAUACCCGCUGCUUCAUCUUGUCCACGCUAGCAUCUCAAGGUCGUUCAAAGGUUCAUUGCGUUUUGUGCGAAGAACAGCUUCUGGUUUUCGAUAGAUAUCCAUUAGUGGACGGAACUUUCUUUUUAAGUCCGCGUCAACACGCCAAAAGUUGCAUCGAGGUGAAAGUAGAGGGACGUACCCAAUUUCUCACCGUAGUCUGUAUGGGUUGUUUGGAAGGCGUAAAUGGUCGCGCCAUCAUAUGCAGAUUCUGUAAUCAGAAAUGGGACGGAUCAUCGCUGGUACUCGGAACCAUGUAUUCUUACGAUAUAUUCGCCGCCAUGCCGUGUUGCACCGAGAGAAUAAAGUGCAAUUCCUGUUAUAAACCGGUACUUCAUCCGACGCAACGACUGAAUUUCUUCAGCGAUUACAGUCACAUGGUACCAUGUCCGCACUGUCGUACUUUAGACACUCAUUUCGUGAAACCUCUCGGUUUCUGUUACGCCCGUCAACUAUCGCGGUCGUUACAGAUGAUGUGGCCAUAGCACGUGGCCCCCCGAGUCGUUACCAAGGACCCACCGACGCCACCAACACCUCCAGAUCCUAAUCCCAUGGAUUUAGAUCUCGGAUUGUUGUGGCGCGAAUUGGCCGGAUUACGACUCGACGAGUUUUGCCGAUUGCAGCUCACCAGAGCUCGGUAGACCUCCACCGUUUAGUUUCCUUUGUUAUGUUGUUGCAUUUUUUACAGUUUGAGUUUAGGUUCAAGGUGUUGUAGUAUAAUUUUUUUCGAUUUUUUGUGAUUAAUUAUGUGUCUAAUUUAUAUAUAGAUGCCGAUUAUCGGUAUUAAUCAGUUCUUAAUAAUCAAAACUGAUCAAAAAUCCCCAUUAAGUUGAUGUUUUUUCAUAUUGAAUUACAAUUAACUUCAAUUUUUUCUUUGUAAUUUGAUAUAAAGACCUAUUUUUAAAAAUUUGUAUUUAAAACUAUCAAUGUUGAACGUGUUUCUUCCUUGAUAUAAUUUAAAAAAAAUAGUCACAUGGGUUUAGAUCAGUAAAUUUCCGUAGCAUCUUUCUUACCAUAAAUACCCAUUGUGUCCCAAAAUAUCAUAGUUAACCUUUGUACGUUUCCAUUAAAUAAUUCUUCUUUUUCUAACCUGAUCCACAGGUAAUAUUCUAACCCAAGUGUUAAUAAUGUUUUUUAUCUUUUAAAAAUUUACACAUUCACUGUUCCACGUAUUUAAUUUAUUACUAUAACAUGGUAAUAAUACGUGUGCCCCGUAUGGCUGCUACCUGAACACUGAAGUGCGGGAGAUUGUACAUGAUCUCGGAUCCCUCACGAGACAUGCCGAAACCUUACGACUCGGAAAAGCUGACACGGAAGCGAGAACGGCCGAAACAACCCGAGACAUAUCGAAGCGAGGCUACACUGUACAGUCUCGCGUUCGGUAUUUGUCGCAAAGAGUGUUUAGUAGAAAAAUCUGGUGUUUAAUAACAUAUAUUUUAAAAUCUGUUGGGUUUAGAAUCAUAAAAUACAUGACGUGUUCAGGUACUUCCGGUUUUAUUAAUUAUUAAAUUAGUCGUACUAUUGAGAUAACCUAACUUUAAAUAAAGUAAACCUAACCUAACAAAUAAAUGGAAACGUUUCACAAGAUGUUUAACGACAUAGAUCCGAGCUAAGUAAAUAAUAAUUAUAGUUAGUUAUAGAGCAUCUGCUCUAUUCUCAUAUUAAAGUAAUUUAAAGUCAAGAAAAUCUAAUAUUUUUGGUGUGAUGAUCACUUCAAUGAUAGUUUGACAAAAAUACAAAUUUAUAAAAAUGAGUCGACCAUUGAUUAUGACAGUUUAGAAUUGUUAAAUAAAAUUUUAAUUUCGCCGUUUAAAAAAUUUUAAUUCAAAAGAAUAUAUAUUAUUUUGCAGGAAAUCACGUUUUAAUUUAAAAUUUUAGCAUCCUGGACUUGACCUUGAACGUUUUUUUAUCGCAUUUAUUUUUAGGGUGAAAGGUGCUCGGUACCUAACCCUUAGAUAUCUGUACUAUAUAGAAACGUUUUGUUAUUAGUUUAAUGUAUAUGUUUGUUAGUUUCUAGUGAAUUUCUAUUUCAAACUUUAGUCUUUUAAAAAAAGAAAUUGAAGAUUGUGAUGAUAAACGUUAUAAUUUUUAAGUUUAAUUCAAAUGAUCGACACAGAAUUUUGUCUACGCGACGAAGAAAUUAAGAAAAAAAAGCAAUCGAUAAAAGGUAAUUGAACCUUUCGUCUUUGUAGAUGUCUAAUGUUAGAAUUUGCACUUUUUGUGUUGUUUUUUUUACGAAACCUACUUUAUAAUAAUUAAUGUAAGUAAACAAGUAUAACAUAAAAAUUGCUGUGUCCCAAUAAUUAGUGAUAGGUGUGAUUGGCGCCCGCGAGAGGGCGUGAGCGAUAGGAGUAUGAAAGUUUCCUGUUAAUCGUUGUCAUUGUAAUGAAUCCGAAGGCAUGAGAACACGUGAUCUAGAUCACAUGUCUCACCGUUUAAGGGACGGUCGGUCUCCUUGCAGAGAAUAGCAUACUGCCACAAUCAUCCCGCAGCAACGGCGUAGCUAACAGAGUCGAAUACAUCGUGACUACGUCGUUGUAUACGUAGCCUUUCAAGAAACGGACGUACAAAGCACUACUCAGCCGCUCAGUUAUCCGCUAUUACCUCAAAAGUUGAAAAUAUAUAUCAAGUUGCUGGAAUUACUAGUAUCUUGAUGUUACUGAAGGUAGCGCUGGAGCAUUCAGUUUUUUUUUUAGAAACAGCGUUAUCCGCAGAAAAUAAUUAUUCCAAACUUAAUUAAUAUAUAAUAAUUUUGUUUUUUAUUUUGGAAAUUUUAAUGUAUAUGUUACGGGUGGAGUUAGAUUAAUUGUUUACAAUAAUAAAUUGUGCAAUAACUACGACACAUACUAUGGUAUUUGGACACCAUAAAGCGACAAUCGAUAUGUUCAUAAUUUUAACAAUAGAUGACGCUAUUAAGGUCCAUAGUCUUGUAAUUUCUCUCCACUUCUUUCGUUCUAUUGUUUUUUCUUUCUAUAAGGUCUUCUUCCACCGUUUUUUGGUCUAACUCUUCUCCUCUUGUCCUCUGGUAUCUUCCAUGCAACCCCUUUAAAGUUUUCGUCCAUUCGUUCUAAGUGACUUAACCAAUUUCUUGGUUUGAUCUUUCCUCCCAUCCCAAUUCUGUCUGCUUUCCUCCAAAAAUUCUUCUUAAUAUUUUUGUUUCCCAGAUAUCCGUUUUCUGUUUAGUUUUAUUCGUCAUUAUCCAAGUUUCACAGGCGUAUGUCAAAGAGAAAUUCUUUAUUAUCAAAAAAUUCUUACAAUUUGUAGACAAAAACAAGGAAAUACAUACUUCGAAACCGUGGUUUUCGGGCAGUUCCCUUAGCACAUAUCAAAAGUAUGACAAAGUUUCUUUCUGCAACCCUGCUGCGGCGUUCUGACUCUUUGGUGGACCAAAUAUAUCGCACCUUUUGGAUCCUCUCUCUAAUCGAGUGCCUGUUUCUUUGGUCUUCAUCAUUUUCAUUGCUUCGUAGCAAUCAGAUCAUUAUCAUCAUUUUGAAUAACGAAAUCAACAAGAAGCUUCCUAAACUGUCAUCAUCAUUUUGUUAUGAUGUAAAUUGUACUUAACAAGUAAGAUAAUAGCAGAUUAAUGGAGGCAAUAGUGCAGAGACAUAAAAUGGGUACCAACUGAUUUUAGAUAGAAACGAAAUAUCUCUAAAAUCUGUUUUUAUUAAAGAAAGUCUUUGGGGAAGAUUGUUGGGUCUGUUGAACAUUUUCCUCCAUUGUUAGACAGGACGUAGUGACCA